AUGACGCUGCAAAGGAAGAAGUUACAAUGGAGGCCUGGACUGGUGCUCUGCUGGUUUCUGCUCUGGAUCUCUCUUCAACCAGACUCCCUCCGCAGGGUGUCAGCCGUCAACCUGCGGCGCUUCAUUGGUUGUGCAGUGCGGGAGUUCACCUUCCUGGCAAAGAAACCCGGUUGCGGAGGUCUGCAUAUCACCACUGAUGCCUGCUGGGGGCGCUGUGAGACCUGGGAGAAGCCUGUCCUGGACCCUCCCUACAUUGAGUCCUACCAGCGGGUUUGUACCUACAACGAGAGCCGCAUGGUCACUGUGAAACUGCCCAACUGCCAGCCGAACGUCGACCCAAUGUACACCUACCCUGUGGCCUUGAGAUGCGACUGUGGAGUCUGUCUGACCAGCACCACUGAAUGUAUAACCUCUGUGUGA